UCGAAAAACACACUCUCAUCUGAUUCCUGCUUGCAUGCGAGGCCGUUGUCAAUGGCCAUCUCGAUCUAUCAUCGAUCGUUCGGUCCCGUCGCAUCCCAGUCGCUCCUUCUCGAAGCAGGGGUGCUGAAGUGGCUCGAUUACACGCUCGUUGUUCAGACUCUGUCAUCGUAGAUGUUGAUGAGUUCGGAUCCCAAACGACUUGGUUCGCCUAGACACUCAUCACUUACGGAGACUGCGGAUUCUUUCGAAAUCCGAUUUCACAGAAAUGUUGGAUCCAAGGAACACAGAGAACCGAAGCAAGUAGUAGAGGAUGCAGGAUGGCACAACGAUGAAAUACACGUAUAAGUAUAAAAGAGAUGCAUGCGUCUGAGGCGUUCGAUUACUGGAUACAAUACAUUCAUGAUCUUCUCUCCUCCGUUUACACCCAAGCGCCCUCAACAUCUCCCGCCAAAAAGCGACAUUGCAUGAUCCGCUCGAAACUGGGCCUUUUAUCAACUUCAACUUGCAAGCAAGCUCGCACGAGAGCGGCACCGUCCUCCAGGGCGCCACCGCCAUCUGCUUCGAUUACCUCCCGGGCCUUGCCGCAAGGGUCAUUCUCGUCAUCGGGGUUGCAGCGUUCAUCUAAUGCCAUGGCGGCACUGGCGAAUGGACUUUCGAUACCAUCCUGGGCUUCGGCCGGCGUCAUGAACGGACACUCGCCCACCAGAAGGACAUAGGCCACGACGCCGAAGGCCCAAACAUCCUGAGGUUUACCUUCAUAACGUUCACCGCGCAAAAUCUCAGGACCAGCAUAGUCAAGACUGCCUAGCCAUCAAUAAGACGUUUCAGGCUGUCGUUGGACACUCACGUUCCGCUGAAUGUGUCCCAGCCACCCCGUUUCACCAGACCGGAGCUGCCAAAGUCAAUCAAGAUACAUCGUCCGUCCGGACCUAGGACAACGUUCUCAUCCUUGACAUCGCGAUGUACUGAUGCGCAGUUAGAACCAGACGUGAAAACAUGCAAGCAACAGACCUAUCCCCCGAUCGUGCAAGAACGCCAACGCAUCAGCAAGCUGGCCGAGAUAAGUUCUGACGGCAUUUGCCGGAAGUCCGUUCGGAAAGAUCUCGACUAGGUCGAAUAAAUCCCCUGGCGUCGGAUGCGAUGGGCCUGCCGGAAUAGAGGAUGCUACAUCCGAGAACGCCCGCAAAGCCUCACUCGAGGGCCCAAGGAGCCCUUCCGCUGGCUCCGGUGCGAGGAAGGGAAGAACGAUGUAGUAAUAGUGAUUGUCCUCGAAGAAUUCCAGGAGAGCACAGAUGUUAGGAUGUCCAUUGACCACAGCGCCUUCAACCCAAGGCAGUUCCGCCGCGGCCCGAGAGAUCGACGAAGGGCCGGCCUCUGCAGGUCCUGUUUCGCCAUCGUUACUGAGGGUCGGCGGGGAUAUUGUCGGAGUGUUAUCGCUCUCGUAGAUUGCAUUUCGCAGUGGAUCCCAAGGUCGCUUUGCCGGAAGAACGUAGCUCGUAUGAGAGAUCGAGGACAUGACAUAUAUCUCUAUUGGAAUGGUGCCGUGCUUAGGAUGCUUUUUCCAACAGUCGGCGAGAAUACGCGACUUGAUGAUUUGUUUUAUGAUGAUGGGGGGCCCAAGACCGCCAUCCGGCAUCUUUGGCCGAGCGCGUUUGACGAGGCCAUAUGCGCCACGGCCAAUCUCGGCCUCGAUGACAAAGUCGGAAAUGCUGCGGUCGCCCAGGGAAUCGCUAAUGACAGGAGAGGGCGCGCGCGUACUUGCAGCCUGACUGAGCAGACUGCUCGUACUGCCGGACCGAAGAAGAUUGUGGGGUAGAACAGGUGAAGGCGGCUCGAUAGUGGCGAUUGACACGCGUCCAGCGAUAAGGGAGACGCGUUGUUGCGAGGAGCGUCUGCGUGGACGCGGAGGCUGUGUGGGCGAGCGGGACAUAGGUGGCGUAUGUGAAGGUAGGACGGAGUUUAGAGGAGAAGUCGGACGCGAAGUAGGAGGGGAGUAGACGAAUUGUUCAUUUGUGACAACGGGGAGGAACGAGUUGGUGACAGGCCGCAUGACUUCUUGUAGAAUGCGGGGUGAGUCUUGUAGGCGAUCAGAAGAGUCAGAUGAAAAGAACAAUUUGCUCUCGGAAGGCGUAUCGAAGAAAAGACCUGUAUUUUCUUUGGCAUUGCGAUAGCCUCCAUCUCCAUUCAUAUGGGAAGCGUCGGUUUCAUCCCAAGCGACUCCCCUGCCAAUGGAGGUGACCGCAUAACUGUUGACGACAGACGCGGCCCGGUACAGCCGCGGUGGCCGGAAGUCUUCUUCGUCGUCAAAGGUGAGGUCGAGCGUCGAAGCCGAGAGCAUAUCACUCGAGGGCGCGAUCGACAAUGGAGGUGCACUCUGUGAACGGAAGCGGUGGUGGUGGGAAGAGUGCGUCGUUCCGCAAAAAUUAAGGCGUGACGGAGUGGCACGUGCGUGGAGAGCGGCAGCAUCACUCGCCCGCGGCCCGCACGUUGUGCUCUGCCCAAGCUGUUGAGGUCGAAGG